AUAUCUAUAUAGUCUUGUACAUGGCACAAAUUGCAAACAGCCCAUCCUGUUUUUCUCCGAAUGGAAGACGAAGGUGCUGGGUGGCCGAUACCUACUUCAAUUUUUCUCAUCUUGUUUUUUCUCUUUGUCUCUAAAUAUGUACUAAAGAGACAAGCCAAGCAUAGAAACCUCCCACCUAGCCCACCUGCUUUACCAGUUAUAGGUCAUCUUCAUCUGAUAAAAGAACCUCUACACAGAAGUCUGCAUAAUCUAACAGAGAAAUAUGGCCACAUAUUUGUUCUCCACCUUGGAACCCGAAAUGUCCUCGUUGUGUCAUCACCUUCUGCUGUAGAAGAAUGCCUUUCCAAGAAUGAUAUCACUUUUGCAAACCGUCCUCACACCCUUGCUGGGAAACACCUCAGUUACAACCAUAAAUCAGUGGGAUUCGCUUCCUAUGGCGAUCAUUGGCGCAACCUUCGGCGUCUAAUAACACUUGAGCUGUUAUCUACCAACCGUCUGGCCAUGCUUGCAAGAAUUCGAGAGGAAGAGAUUCAACUGUUGGUGAAGCAACUACAUGAAGAGUGCAAAGGACACGUGUCAAAGGUGGUAGACAUAAGGUCUAGACUGUUGGAGCUUUCUUUCAACAUCAUGCUAAGGAUGAUCUCUGGGAAAAGGUACUAUGGGAAGGAUGCGGUUGCUGAAGAAGGGAGAGAGUUCCAGUUUCUUAUGAAAGAGUUCGUAGAGCUGCAAGGAAGUGGUAAUUUGAAUGACUUCUUUCCAAUACUGCAAUGGAUUGAUUUUCAAGGUUUGGAAAAGAGGAUGGUCAAGUUGAUGAACAAGGUCGAUAGCUUCUUUCAGAAACUCCUUGAUGAGCACCGGAGAAACAGGAACAUCAGUGCCGGAAAAGUCCGAAGGAACAUGUCGACGCUGAUUGAUACUAUGUUGGAUCUCCAAGACAAGGAACCAGAAUUCUACACUAACGAAACUGUCAAAGGCGUUAUUAUGGCAAUGCUUGUAGCUGGGUCUGAAACUUCGGCUACUACAUUGGAAUGGGCACUGUCACUUCUCCUCAACCAUCCAGAAGCAAUGAAUAAGACUAUUGUUGAGAUAGACUCUUACGUGGGGCAAGAUCACCUGUUGAAUGAACUAGAUACUCCCAAACUUAAAUACUUGCAAAAUGUAAUUACCGAGACACUUCGUCUCUACCCUGUGGCUCCUCUCUUGGUACCCCACAAGUCCUCUAAAGAUUGCAAUGUUUGUGGUUUUGAUGUACCAGCAGGGACAAUGCUCCUUGUUAAUCUAUGGACCCUGCAUAGGAACGCUAAGUGGUGGGCAGAACCAACAAGGUUUGAGCCAGAGAGAUUUGAGGGAGGGCAAGGUUGUGAUGUACUUUACAAUAUGAUUCCAUUUGGUAUUGGAAGGAGAGCUUGCCCUGGAGCUGCUUUGGCAAAACGUGUUAUGGGACAUGCAUUAGGAGCCUUGAUUCAGUGUUUUGAGUGGGAAAGAAUUGGGGAUCAAGAAAUCAACAUGAUGGAGGGUGUAGGGCUUACCAUGCCCAAAAUUGAGCCUUUGGUGGCAUUAUGCAGGCCACGCCAAAGCAUGAUCAAGGUUAUGUCGAAUAUAUAAAGUGUGCACUUUUAUAUCAAUUACAGAGCGCAAGUAGAAUAAGAGUUUAAGGGACAAUAAAAUUUUAAGGAAUAAGGAGGUCAAACUGUACUUCAUUAAAAAAAAAAAAAGGUAAGUUUUUAGUGUAAGAUUUUAAAUUGCAGAGCGGUCGUGACCCAAUUCCAAAUGCAUAACGUAUGUCCCCCGAUGUUUGGUAAUUAUCUUACAUAAAGUUUGAUAUAUUAUAUUGUUGG